AUGUCGCCUCGGGUGUGGCUCAUCACUGGAUCGUCCUCCGGCUUUGGUCGACAUAUGACCGAAUGCGCACUCAGACACGGCGAUUGUGUCGCGGCGACGCUGCGGAAACCCGAAGUACUCUCAGAGUUGUCUACCCAGUACCCUCCCGACCGGCUUCUUGUCAUCAAGCUCGACGUGACAAAGCCUCAGGAGAUCCUUGAUGUGUUCGCUGCCGUAGGAAAGCAUUUUGGUCGCAUUGACGUCGUCUUCAACAAUGCUGGCUUCGGAGUCUUAGGCGGUGUGGAAGAAACGAGCGAUGAACUUGCUCGAUCGAACUUCGAGGUAAAUUUCUGGGGUGCGGUCAAUGUCACGAGGGAAGCCGUCCGCUUCUUCCGGGAGGAGAACAAGCCCGCCGGUGGACGCCUUUUGCAAAACUCGUCUGCGCUAGGUCAUCACGGAAAUCCCGCGGUCCCAUUUUAUUGCGCAACCAAAUUCGCGCUUGAAGGCUUGACCGAAUCGCUUGUGAUGUCCCUCGAUCCUGCCUGGAAUAUCAAGAUAACGUUGGUGAUUCCUGGUUGGUUCCGCACGGACAUUAUGGCAGGAUCGAUGAUACGGGUACCUAUUCAUCCCGCGUAUGCCCACCUGCCUGUCGCAGCCGUGCACGAUCAAUUGGACGCCAACCCACUCAUGUCAGGAGACACCGCCAAAGGCGUAGAGGUGAUCUACCGCGUUGCGUCAAUGCCAGAUCCUCCACUGCGGUUCCCUUUGGGCAAGGAUUCCGUCCAAAAUAUCAGGGAUCACAUGGAGGAGCUGCGAGCAACUCUCGAUCAGUAUGAAUCGUGGUCGGAGCAGGUUGCCGCUGAGUAG